ACCGGCCCAUGCAAAGCGAGCUCGCUUUCUUUCGUACGGGGCAGGAACAUUCUCAGCCAAUUGGAAACGUAAUGUUGAAGAUUGGCACRGAGACCUCAUGAAUAUUAGAAGCAAGCAAAUUGACUGAUACUUAAAUUCAAGUUCACAAAUAUUAUACCCUCUCUGUCCAAAGCCAGGUAACAACAACACAUAUCAAGACGGUGACAUCCAAAAGAAACCAYCAUGUCUGAGAAACUUCCCUUCAAAGUCGCUGACAUCAACCUGGCGGCGUGGGGYCGCAAGGCUAUCGACAUUGCUGAGAACGAGAUGCCCGGCCWGAUGAAGAUGAGGGAGAUGUACGGGCAGUCCAAGCCCCUGAAGGGCGCMCGCAUUGCAGGGUGCCUCCACAUGACCCUGCAGACCGCUGUGCUCAUUGAGACACUCACUGUCCUCGGCGCUGAGGUCCAGUGGUCUAGCUGUAACAUCUUCUCCACCCAGGACCACGCCGCUUCAGCCAUUGCCAAGACCGGUGUUCCAGUCUAUGCCUGGAAGGGGAUGACCGAYGAGGAGUACGUGUGGUGCAUUGAGCAGACCAUCUACUGGAAGGACGGCCAGCCCCUCAACAUGAUCCUGGAUGACGGCGGCGACCUCACCAACAUGGUCCACAAKAAGUACCCCAUACUGCUGUCAGGAAUCAAGGGUGUGUCUGAGGAGACCACCACAGGGGUGCACAACCUGUACAAGAUGAUGAAGAAYGGUGAGCUCAAGGUCUCAGCCAUCAAUGUCAAUGACUCAGUCACCAAGAGCAAGUUCGACAACCUGUAUGGCUGCAGAGAGUCUCUGAUUGACGGGAUCAAGCGGGCCACCGACGUGAUGAUUGCCGGAAAGGUGGCGGUUGUUGCCGGCUACGGUGACGUUGGCAAGGGCUGCGUCCAGGCCCUCCGUGGGUUCGGUGCCCGCGUCAUCGUCACAGAGGUGGACCCCAUCAAUGCCCUGCAGGCUGCCAUGGAGGGAUAUGAAGUCACCACCAUGGAGGAGGCUUGCAAGGAGGGGAACAUCUUUGURACCACCACUGGCUGUGAGGACAUCCUUUUGGGCAAACACUUUGAGCAAAUGAAAGACGACUCCAUCGUUUGCAACAUCGGCCACUUCGACUGUGAGAUUGACAUGAACUGGCUCAAUGCCAACUCAGCCGAGAAGAUCAACAUCAAGCCGCAGGUGGACCGCUACCGCAUGAAGAGUGGUCGCCACAUCAUCGUCCUGGCCGAGGGCAGACUGGUCAACCUGGGCUGCGCCAUGGGCCACCCCAGCUUCGUCAUGAGCAACUCUUUCACUAACCAAGUGUUGGCCCAGAUUGAGCUGUGGAAGAACACCAGCAAGUACCCCCUGGGAGUCCACUUCCUGCCCAAAAAGCUGGAUGAGGAGGUGGCUGCCGCCCAUCUCGACAAGCUCRGCGUCAAGCUGACUAAGCUGUCAGAUAAGCAGGCCAAAUACCUGGGACUUAACUGCGAAGGACCCUUCAAGCCCGACCACUACCGCUAUUGAAAAGUUUGACAGGAAGGUGGCCAAGCAGCGGCCCAGAGUCAUGGUGCAGUCUGGAGGUGGUGUGGUGGUGCAUGGACACGUGGGUCUGGGUAGGGGAAGAUUCCCAGGAGUCUUCUGGUGGCUAGGACAUUUUUGCUAAUGCUCUGCUUCAACUUGCAUUCAAAUUGUCUUGCCCACUGUAUACACUUGCCUUUAGAUUCUAACCAGAGCUCCAUUGCCUUUCAAGUAACAAGUGCUUAAUGGCUUCUAAAAGCCCCAUUCUUGUUAUAAAUUGCAUUCCCUCUUUAAUAAUGGAAAAAGCCUAAUGUAUUUUAGUUGAAAGCCCCAAUCCCUGUACUAUUCAGGUUAACAUAUACAAUGUAGUGUCUAAUAUGGCAAUAAGUGCUGGUUUCGUAUUGUCUUAAGGAAAAUCCACCAAAGCAGUUCUUUCCUGGCUUCAGGUAUACUUACUCAGUUCUAGAACAUCUGUAGUGACUUCCCUAUUCUGUUUUUUUUAGCUUUAUCUUGCCAGUGUUGUGAGCUGUGACAGAAUGGGGUGUGGUCAGGUUAACUAUAGUGCCAUGUUUUGCGGUUACAUCAUGUAUAUCUCAAGCGUUGCAUUUCAUUCGGGGGGUGGACUAUUGUGAAAUGUGAUGCAAUAAAGAUCACAUUUUA